GUGAAAUUUGAAGCAGCACUGCCUCUCUCCUUCUGUUCUUUAAAACAGAAGGAGACCCAUAUGGUGUCUGGCUUCACAGUUUCACCAGCAAUUUUACUGUAUACACUCGAGGUUAAUAAGGAAGAGACUUGUCUUCAUCAGAUUUCAAGACACUGAAAAGGAUUUCCUUUCUCUCUGUGACUCUUUUUUUCUCUUAUCAUUAAGGAAUUACACAAGAAGAACAAAGUUAAAACAGCUAAAAAGACAAAGCUCAUCUCGUCAGGGAUGGAUGUAGGGAUGUUAGAGAUACCUGCUGAGCUGUCCGCCAGACUCCGCAGUGCAGCAGGGGGCCACCACGGAUCACAGAUUACAGAAGUUGCACCUCCACAGGUGAAGGCAAAACAUAAGCUGAGCCUUCCUCAAGACAUUGACAGAUAUCCAUUCUCUCGCUUUGCCAAGUCCACAUUAAAGGAUACAUGGAGCCAGCCUCAGGGAUACCCACUUCAGAGACCUCUCAUGCCUUUGGAACCUGAAUAUUCCAGAGUGGCCUUGGAGAUAAACAAACUGAUCUUACGAUUUUUAGCUGAAUCAGAUAUUACCAUCUGGCAGGAGCAGGUGUUAGGUAACUAUAUAGUGGAGAAAGGCCAAAAACAGCCAGCCUUGAGGGAUGAGAUCCUUGUUCAGUUAGUGUACCACACAUUGGACAAAAAGGAGGAACAGGACAGUCUGAGGGGAUGGCUCCUGCUGGCCGGCUGCCUGAGUGCUUUCACACCUUCACCAACACUGGACAAAGCAUUGCUCAAGUAUGUGUCUGACCAUGGUCCAGCAGAGUACCGUUCACUAUGCCAACACAAGCUGCUGACCUCUCUGCAGCUCCCAGGCCCCACUGCCCGCAUCUAUCCACCCACACAACUGGAGUGGACAUCCAAUCAGAGGAAAGGAACAAUGCUUCUGGAAGUAAACACUUUCAAUGAUGAGAUAUUGACAACUGAAGUGGAGUCAUGGACAACAGGAGAGCAGCUGGCCUCUUGGCUUCUUUAUUACAGAGGGGUGACCGAGGCUGUGCAAGGUUGGUCAGUUUCUCUUGCUACAGAUGAAGGGUGGUCAGACCUUGCAGGCUCAGACUUUGUCAUGGAUCUGCUGGCUGGAGCUGAAGCUGAAGCUGAAGUUCCCAUAGCACCAGGGACGCCCUCCUCUGUGCAGUCUGACUACUUAUUUAGCAACCAAGAAGAGAGAAUUCCGUCUGCUGAUUUUGAUGAUUUCAUCCCACCAGCACCUUCCACUCAAGCUCCCAGACUGCCGCCUUUUGACGGAAACCUUUGGGGAAGAGAGUAUCCACAAGGUCGGCGGAGCAGACAGAUGGAGACGUAUGUUGAUGACUUGUUUGACUCUGUACUAGACCAAGGACCUGCGGAAAUGGACAGAGUAGCCAUGUUAAACCGCAGGAUGAGAGGAAAAGGGGGAAUUGGACCUAUGCAGCCUGGGAUGUUUGGAGUUGGGAUGCCUAUGACAAUGCCAACCUAUCCCAUGGUUGCACCAGUAAACCCUGCAAUUCCCAGUUAUGGUCCAACUGCCGUGAUGCCAAAUAUGCCAGCUUUAAUGGUGCCUCAGGCUCCCACUGUGAGUGACCCCAUGCAGAUGGCAGCAACUCAGCAAGCUCUCAUCAACCAACAGGCCUUACUCAUGGCCCAGCAGAUGACCUUGCAGGCAAUGACUUUGUCUCAGCAGCAGGCUGAAGAACGGCAGAAGAAGGAACAGCAAGCUAAGAAGGAGAAACAAAGAGAUGAGAAAGAUAGACAGUUUAGACGCGAGUCAUCACGCCGCUCCAGAGAACGCCAGCACUCACCUUCUCGAAGUCCCUCACCCCGACGGUCAAAGCCCAAAGCAUCUGCACGUAAACAAGCCUCCAAGCAAUCUGAAUCUGAGCCAGAAGAAAAUGUGGAGCUGGCAGAGCCAGAUGACCUACAAUCUUUCAGAGAAAAGAGGGAUUUCUUCCAAAAUAUUGGUGGUAAAUCAAAACGGGAAAAAAGAAACUCAAAGCGACAAUCAGCUCCACCUGAUCCACCCAGACAAAAUCAGCAGACACGUCCUUCACCAAGCCCCUCACCCUCACCCCCACCUCCACCUCCACCUCCACCACCAAAGCCUAAUGUAAGGCAUCCUCCCAGCCCUCCAAAUGAGGAACCAGACCCCCCUAAAGAACCUACUCUCAGUCCGGUCACAAAGGUCCAGCCUGAACCAACCUCCAACAUCAGGGAAAUCAUUAAACAGUUCAACAGUCGACCACAACCAGAACCCAAGCCAUUUGAGCCUGUCAGAUCUCCUGCUAGAACAUUUAUUAAGAAGAGUGACCCAAAAGAGGAAGCUCUGGCUAAACUCAGAAACAAAGCACCAGUGCCACAACCAAAGAAACAAUGGGCUUCUCCUCCCCCACCUCCGCCUCCAAGGCCCCCUAAUUCUCCCCCAUCCACCAGUGGUCGCAGGGUCAUUUCUAAAAACAUGAGGCAGAAGCAGCGUCCAUUGGAGGAGCUUUUUGGCUCCCAGCGUUCGCAGCAUCAUCCCCCUCUUCCUCCUGACUCCCCGCCUCCUCCUCCAGAGCAAGCACCUGUCCUUGUGAACAUUCCCGACCCUCCACCCAUGACUGCGCCAUCUCUCUAUGUGAUGUCAGAUGAUGAGGGAAAUCAAUCCCAGCUUCACCGCUUUUCUGCUGGGGUUUACUUCUCCCACUUCAACAUGCCAGGAAAACUUUUCCUGCGAAAAGAAGUGUUUUAUCCAAGAGAACUCUUCAACAAGCCUUAUGUCCUUAACCUGUUGUGUGAACAGAUCAUGAGAGACACCUACUCUGACAACUGUGUGAGAAUUGAUAGUGAAGAAAGAAGGAAAAUGAAAGACCUUCUUGCAAAUUUCAACGUGGGAACAAACAUAAGCACCAUUCAGGAUGACAACAUGAAGAAGAGAAUUGUUAUUGCCGCUCGAGAUAACUGGAAGAACUACUUUAGUCGACUCUACCCUGUGACGCCACACAAUGGAGAUGCUCAAGUUUUGGGUGUUUCUCAUCGAGGGAUUCGUCUAUUGAAGGUGGUGAAAGCAUCAGGCAUCAAUCCUAAACAUCUCAAACUGCUCAAAAGUUACAGUUUUGCAGAGGUGCUGUCUGUUAACCUUGAGGGAGCAGACAAAGUAAAACUGGACCUUAAAAUGGAAAACUUAGUGCUGCUGUCAACCAGGGCUCCUCAGAUCACUGCCAUGAUCGAAGUUUUCCUCAAGGAACUCAUCAAGGACUCGGGCCACAUGGUUGCUCUAAAGAGUUUUGUAACGGAUGACAAGACGCUUCUGAGCUUCAGUAAGGGGGAUAUCAUCAAACUGCAGAAAAUGGAAGGCCUUCAGACUGGUUGGGAGUUUGGGAGCACCGGUGGACGUUCUGGUCUUUUUCCACUGGACCUCACCCAGCCUUGUGCAGCCCCAGAUUAUCACUGGCUCCAUCUAGAUCGAAGAGAUGACAGGAGAAAAAGCAUGAGGAAUGCUAAGCCAGUCAGUUCGUUCAAUGGCCCUUCACCAGUCCCCACCAGCAGACACAUACCCAACAAUCGUUCUGUGCAGUCUAAUCGGGAGGCCAUGAAUCCAUCUUCAGUAGAGGGCUUACAACACACACGUGCCCAAAGCUCACAAAAAGGAUCCAACCAUGACCUAGAGAUCUUUUCUGCUAUGGCUGACUUUGCUACCAAGUAUUUUAGAAUGGAGACAACAGGAGUGCCAGUCACUGGAAGAAAUUUUUCAGAAGCAGUUCAGCAUACAGUGGUCCCCAUCCAGGAGUCACUCAUUCUCUACAAUGAUUCUGAAAUCAAUGAUUUGGCUGUUGAGUGCUUCAUAACUCUGAUGCAGUUUAUGGGGGACAUCACAACACAGAAGAACACUACACAAGCAAAUUGCCUAACUCAUAUCCUGCUGUUAGGGAAGGAAAAGGAAAUUCUUAGAGAUGAAAUCUACUGCCAGGUCAUCAAACAAACAACCAACAACCCCACCAGAUCAAGCUGUACCUUCGGCUGGCGGCUGCUUAGCCUUAUUACUGGCUUCUUCCCUUGCUCUGCGAUUCUCCAUCCCUUUGUCAUGCAGCACCUGCAAGAGAUCUGUCAGGACAACGAACACCCAUACCAAGAGCUGGCAUUGGUAUGUCUGGAUAACCUCCAGCGUUCAAUCAAUUUUGGUGGUCGACGAAACGUUCCCUCACAUGUUGAAAUGGAGGCCGUUCUAACUGGCAAAACUUCUCAACGCAUUCCUAUCCAGUUGCCAGGAGGAGUAGAGUUUCCUGUCAAGAUUCGCAGCUUCAGUGUGACAGUAGAUGUUGUGACAGAGUUGUGUGAAAACAUGGAAAUCGUAGAGUUUACAGAGGUCAAGGAGUUUUCCCUCAUCGCCACAAGAUUUCAAGAUGGGAUGGUGCGCCCUCUACAUCCUGAGGACUACUUGUUUGAUUUCUUACUGGAUGAUGGCUCCAUCUCCUUGUCAUUCAGGAGAGUCCUCUGGGAAAAACCUCUUUCCUUCAGGAAUGAGCUCUUUGUGGACUUUCACUAUCAGCAGCUUCUAGAGGAAUAUCUUCAUGGCAAGAUAAUCAUUCCUCAUUAUGCUGGUGGAACUUCAUCAGUUCAACAGAUUGCUGAAUUGACAGCCCUGCAGCAUUUAGCUCAGGGUUUGAAGAGCCAGCUGUCACUGCCGGAGCUAAAGGAGUACUUGCCCUUACAAGACGGACUUGCCAGUAAAGCUGAGGAAAUCCAAUUGCUCUGCCAUGAUCAGUUAGCUGCCAUGCAGUCUCUCAGUCCUGAAGAUGCCAAAAUUCGGUUUAUUGAGUCUUUGAGGACCCUCCCUUUGUUUGGCUCCAACACCUUCUUGGCAAAGAAGGUUAGCCAGCAUGGAUGUCCUUCCCCCUGCUUAAUCAGUGUGAAUCAGGAAGGAGUUCGUUUCCUUCAUCCUAAAACUCAGGUUCUAGUGUUUCAGAUUGCCCUUGCACAAGUCCAGGCUAUGCGCACAAUCCGCCCGAAGAAAGCAGGCAAAGUUCCAGGAGUAGAGAUUCAGUAUGGCAAUGCUGUUAAACCCCAAAAAAUCCUGAUUCAUCUCCAGCAGGCUAAGGAAUUUUGCCACAUCCUUGCUUUGACAGUGGAAAUGCUGGUUCAAUUAUCAGUUACCAGUUCAGAAUCAAAUUACCAGUAGAUACCAUGUUCCGAUUACUGACUUGCA